AUGAUGGGGUGGGGAAAUAACUCCCAAGUGACUGAAUUUCUCCUCACAGGGCUAACGGACCGGCCAGAACUGCAACUGCCCCUCUUCUUCCUCUUCCUUGGAAUUUACGUGGUCACUGUGGUGGGCAACCUGGGCAUGAUCAUACUGAUUGGCCUCAGUUCCCAUCUUCACACACCCAUGUACUAUUUACUCAGCAGUUUGUCGUUCAUUGAUCUCUGUCAUGCCACUAUAAUCACACCCAAAAUGCUGGUGAAAUUUGUGUCAGAGAAUAAUCUCAUCUCCUACUCUGAGUGUAUAGCACAGCUCUACUUCUUCCUUAUUUUUGCUAUAGCUGAGUGCCACAUGUUGGCAGUCAUGGCAUAUGAUCGCUAUGUAGCCAUCUGCAGCCCCUUGCUUUACAACAUCACCAUGUCCCAUCAGGCCUGCUUCUGGCUGGUGGGUGGGGUGUAUAUGCUGGGUUUGGUUGGUGCCACAGCUCACACUGGGUGCAUAUAUAGAGUGAUCUUCUGCAAGAACAACCUCAUCCACCAUUACUUCUGUGAACUCCUUUCCCUCUUGAAACUCUCUUGUUCUAGCACUUAUGUCAACGAAGUGGUGAUUUUGUGCUUUAGUGCAUUUAAUAUCCUCAUCCCCAGCAUCACCAUCUUAAGCUCCUACAUCUGCAUCAUCACCAGCAUCCUCCGCAUCCGCUCCCCUGAAGGCAGGUCCAAGGCUUUCAGCACCUGCAGUUCCCACAUAGCAGCUGUUGCCUUCUUCUAUGGCUCUGCUGCUUUCAUAUACCUGCAGCCUUCAGCAGGAAACUCCAUGGAUCAGGACAAAGUAUCUUCUGUUUUUUAUACUAUCUUUGUGCCUAUGCUGAACCCCUUAAUCUAUAGCCUGAGGAACAAGGAUGUAAAAGUUGCUAUGAGGAAAAUUCUGGAGAGAAGAAAGCUCAUAUAA